CUUUUUUCAGUGCAGAAAAGUGUCGCGAGCGAAGAUUUUCUUUAUACCCAGGCAUAUGAAGACCAUGCGGGUCACUCCACUCUUCUCAUUUCUUGUCCGCUUCCCUUGUCACGAAGUAUUCUGGUGCUAUUUGUUUUCCUGGGCUUCAUGUGAAAGGAUGAAUGGGACGAAGAUGGCGUGUAUAUAUAGAUGCCUCAUUCCCUCUUCUCUUGAUGCUCGAGGUCCUUCUUUUCUCCAAUCCGGUUGACUCGUAAUCAUUGUUCUCCUUACGCUUUCAUAUAUACCGAGAACUUGGACGACGAUCCCAAGAUAACAUCUCCAAAGCAAGGAAACCAUCAAAAAGGCCUCUCUGUUUCUCCCAGAAGGUUGUCUAACACAAGAUGUCGAACGACAACAACAACGACAACUCGGACCUGAACCUGUACUUCUACUCCCCUUCGACCGCGGCGGCCGUCAUCUUCUCGGUGCUAUACUUCCUCCUGACCCUGUGGCACGGGUACACCAACUUCAUCGCGACCCGGCGCGCGACGUACAAGCACAAGUACACGAUCCCGCUGUUCGUGGCCUGCGUCAUCUCCACGGCAGGGUGGUCCAUCCGGAUCGCGUCGAUCCACAACCUGGCCUCGAUCCCGCUGUACGCCGUGAGCGCGUCGUACAUUGUCAUCUCGCCCAUCUUCGUCUGCGCCACGCUGUACCUGCUGCUCACGCGCCUGAUCCGGACGACCCUGCCGGCUGCGGACCACAACGACAAUAACAACCAGCAGGUCUUCUUCCGCAUCCCACCCCGCUGGCUGGGCCGCAUCUUCAUCACCUCGGACAUCUUCAGCUUCCUCACCCAGUGUUCUGGCUCCGGCAUCGCCAGCUCGGGCAACUGGGAGGGGGACCUGAAGACCGUGGGCACGAACGUGCUGCUCGUCGGCCUCAGCCUGCAGCUCGCAACGUUUAGUGUCUUUCUCGUCGUGCUGGGCAAAUAUGUCAAGAGGGUGAGCCGGGACAAGGACGCAGGGUUGAAUCCUCGCGUGAGGAAGGUUGUGUGGGCGGUCUGGAUCGCGGGAUUCUGGGUGCAGGUCCGUUCCGUCUACCGCGUCGUCGAGUUCGGUAUGGGCAUCGACGGAUACCCCUUCACCCACGAGUGGUGCCUGUACGUCCUCGAGGCGGUGCCCAUGUUCAUCGCCCUCACGGUCCUGGCGCUCUACCACCCGGUCAAGUUCAUGCAGCAGAAGCCGCGGGCAGAGUACGCCCUACAAGAAAGCACGGGCGACGCGAGAAGCCGACGACGACCGGGCGAUAUCCACCUCUCCUUGAACAAGAACAAAGGCGGCGUCGUGGACAAUGCAGUGUAAAGGUGCGGCUUGUGUCGAAAGAGAUGGGUGGUGAUGAAGGGGGAAAUAGAUUGUCGUCAAGCAGUGGUAUGCAACAAUUUGCUCAUGUUCGAUCGAUCGAACUACGCGUUUGCGAGGGCAGGAAGUCAGGGACACCCACAAUCCAGGAGCAUGCUGCAGUCGAUAAUACAGGGAAUGGCACACCCGGCGAAGAGGUGGAAAACUUUAUUUCGAGGUGUUGGUCGUGGGAAAUACAUGGUUCCAAUUGCCGCCGGCUGGGUAAUCAUUCGAUGCGAUCAGCGAAGAAUCAUGGGACGGUCGCUGGCGUUGCAAGGACGACUUUGGGGGGGGCAAAGGCGUUGAGAAAUAGGAGGGAUAACUGAGGAUCGAAAAUGGACUUGGGAUUGCAGGAGGACGGCCUUACAACUUCGUGGCGCUUAAACCAGCUCCGUCGCACAGAUCUUUCUUUCAAUGACUGGCUUUGGACGUAUCGGUUCGCAGGGUGUGAACCACUCGGUCACGCUCACUGGUUCGAGAAUGUUGACAUAUUGCUUGGGGAUUCACGUAUACCAUGGGUGAGUGCGAUCUGGGAGAAGAGGAUAUCAAUUUCUCGCCCUGGAAAGACUACCUUCAGUCACCUAUAGGUGUGGUAUUUGAGCCUGAAUCGACGCUCAAUCUGCUGGUGUUGAAUUACCCAUCUGGACAAAACCUCCCCAUGCAACAUACAAUACUUGUA